AUGGACAGACCCUCAGGAGGAGCCAUGAUCCCCGACGCCUUCGAGUCUCGCAAGCGCAAGAUCCUCGCCGAACUAUCCAUCCCAGAGGCCGAAUAUACCGAUCUGUCGCCCAAGGGGUCCGUCGAUGAAGCGAUCCGCGUCCUGAUCGACGACAUCAAUGCCCUGCCCGGGUUAGUGACCACGAGCAGCUGUGCCGGGCGCAUCAGCGUGUUCCUGGAAGGCCGGAAGAAGCAAUCCCAGCAGCAGCAACAGCAGCAGCAGCAGCAGCAGCAGGAGCAGGUAUCGGAAGAGCUGCAACAGAGACAGUUUGUACCGUCGGGGGGCAAGGGGGCCGGGAAAUGGCUGUAUGUGUCGCAUGAGCCAUUGCAAGAGUCAGAGCGAGGGUCGCGGUCGUUGCAUGAGAUGUUUGGGUUGAUGCCGGGGGAUGGAAGACCCCCCGCCCUGAGCCAGAUUGGUCAGGCCCCGCGUCUCGUGCGCUUCUCUUUCGAGCCCAUGAUCCUCCACAUCAUGGCAGCCACCCUGCACCACGCGCACCCCGUCCUUUCAGCUGCGUCUAGCUCUGGCUUCCGCGAAAGCGGACUGCAGAGUCUACGCUGUCUGGAAGCAGACGACACCGACGACGGACCGAGUCCCAUCGUGGCUGUGCGCUCAGCCGGUCUAUCGCUAGAGUCGGUGAUCGGGUACUGCGAGGGACCCGAAGACGACGACAGCCCCGUCGUCAUCCGCAGCCUGGUCACGGAGGAGUUCCUCGAGAUGCUAGUCGCGAUCUCAAAUGAGCGGUUCUCCGUCAAUGUCGAGCGCAAAGAGAGGUUCCGGACGAACCUGCUGAAUCUGUGUGCUACGAGUCGGGCCGCGGGGUCGAAGGCGAAAGGGAAGGGGAAACCGAAACAGCCUGGUUGGGAGGAUCCAGAGACAAGGAGGGAGAGGAUGAGGGCGGAGGGGCUUUUGAGGAAGAAGCUUGCGGAGAAGCAG